AUGCCUGCUGUAAAUGGUUCAAUAGAUGCAGCUUUGUCUACAUUGGAUUUUCACAGAAAAAUGAUGAACGAGUACCAUUGUAGAAAUUAUGUCGCAGAGCAAAUAUUAGAGGAAAUGGGCAAGAACGUCUUACAAAAUAGAAUUGGAACACCGUUUGAGAGUUUUGAUAUGGGAAAGAGUGUGUUCUCCAGGCGCUCUCAAGACAUAAGGAACAAUCUGUUAUAUGAUGCUGGUUCUACUAAUUAUCAGGAGUGGUUGGCUAAAGUAAUGGCAUUAAAUGACGUUUAUCGACAUUAUAAUGUGUCUGCGAAUUCAGUCUUUAACAUUUCACAACAACCAGGAUCUUCACUUCUUCGUCCAGAAGCAAGAGACGGCUAUGAAGCGGCUGAGGGCACUGAUACCCUGGGAGGCAAUGAUGGAUUAGUAUAUGACGUUUCAAAGCAUAGUGGCGGUUAUGAGUACUCUAUACCACCUCCUCCACCACAGCUAUACCAUCAUCAAGUACCACAGGUACACGAAGUCCACGAGGAAUACAGUGUGGAACACUCUCACGGUCUCGGCCUAGCUGAUCUCUUUGAAAUAUCUCUUACAGGGAUCGCUUUCUUGUCAUUUGGAAUGUUUGUUUUGCAAGUGCUUUUAUGUAUUACUAUGAACCAUCCACAGCCGCAACUAAUGCAAGUAGUGGACAACGGUGACACAGUUAACGUGGAUGACGUAUUUCGAACCAAGAGAGAAACGGAAUCCUCAAGUCGAUCUAUUUCCACUCUUAAUAAUUUAGCCCGGCAUGCAUUAAUAGCGAUUAAGCCUCAGUCUACAUUGUGCUUAUAUCGAACAUUAUGCUUGGGCAACAAGGAAGCAAGAAAAAUUCGUGAUAGUAAUAAAUAUUGGCUGCCGCUGUGGCAUGCAGGCGUAGCGUGGAUACGGGGCAGUUCUCUUGGCACGUUGCGGGCUGCAGCUCUGGGACUGGGCGGAGCUGAUUGUGACACCUUCUAUCCUAAGAAACAAUGCGUU